AUGAAGUCACCCACUGUGAUUCGAUGGAAGGACCUCGAGCCCUCGUGGCAUCUACCUGACCAGAAAGCGGGCAUGCUGCGCUGGCUCAUCAAUUGGGUCGCUGGUCCCGAGGGAUAUUACAACUCCAAUCCCGGCCACGCGGUGCUCAGUCACAACGUUGCGGUGGGCUUUCAGCAUUUGGACGUUGGGAACAAGCAGAAAGGUCGUCAUACCCACACUGUGACCGAAAUCUACAUCAUUUUGAGAGGUCAAGUCUUGGGCUAUGACGGGUACGGGCACGAGCAUGUUGCUGGUCCCCUUGAUUGCGUUUACAUUCCUGCCGGCGUACCACAUGGAGUGCGCGCCUAUGGAGAUGCGGCCGUCGACCUUCUCUGGGUCCACGAUGCGCUGGAAAAGAAGGGUUCGACUGCGUACUGGGACGAGAGCAUGCCCAAUCCGCAAGACGAGUCAAAGGAAGAGAUUACGGUCGUCCCAUUCAGGGACAUCGUUCCCAAUUGGGAUGCUGCAAAGGUCCCGGUGCCUGGCGAGAUGCAUUCCAUGAUCAAUUGGGUGGGUGGGGUGGCCGGAAGCCGCAAUUUCACUCCAGAACAUGCCAUGUAUAACGACAAAGUCGCCAUCGGCCUGUUGUGCAUCCCUGAAGGUCAUCGCCAAACCAUCCACAAUAGAAAAAAUGCCGAACUCUGUGUGGUCGUACGUGGGAAAGCGGUUGUUAGGUUGGACGAUUCCCGCAAUGAGGAAUUGUUGGCGAUGGACGCCGUUUAUGUUCCCGCCGGUGCUUCUCGAACGAUUAGAAAUCACAGCACCGAACUAACGUAUGUUCUUUGGGUACAUGAAAGGUCCGGAGAGUCGAAUGGCACAAUCGCAAACGGGAGUUCAUGA